GAUGAAAGGAGUUUAUCCCCUACAAAAUUAUAGAAUAGAAGUAUUACAUAGGAAUAAUCUUGUAGCUUUUGACAAAAAUACCCUACCUCUUUCUUUUAAUCCGCAUCAAUCUAAGGAUAGUUUGUCAAAUUUAUACGAACCUUAUUCGUACGGAGAAGAUGGUUUCGUUUCGUGGCUUCCAAAGACUGAAAGAUAUCAAGAUGAAUUCUCUCUUGAAUUCGGUCAUUUUAAAAACGAUGUUCAAACUGUGUAUACAAAAACAAAGGGAGCAGGUAUACUCGUUAAGAUUUUUGGACCGGAGAGAAAUCAUAUGGUUGCUGCUUUUAGGCUAAAAAUUGAAGAUUGCGCAGACGGUUUUAAUUCAACUUUAUGCCAAUGCAGUCCGAAUUGCAGUCCAAUAAAAUUAACCGAUUCUUGCGAUAUUUACUCGAAAGCAUGUCUUGAGGGAUGCAAAUCAGGAUAUUUGACUCCGUCUUGUAACAGAACUUGUGACCCGGGGUCAUGGGGCUUGGAAUGCAAGAAAUCGUGUAAGGAUCACAAAUGUGCUGAGGGUAAAAUUUGUUACCCUGACAAUGGACAAUGUCCAAAUGAACUCUGUCAACCGGGAUAUGUCGGAGUUUAUUGUAAACAACCUGCUUCGGAUAUAGUUUGUCAGCCUAAUUAUUGGGGCUCAGCAUGCCUAAAUAAGUGUGGUCACUGUGACGGAGAAGCUAUUUGUGAUUCGAAAUCUGGCUAUUGUCCUGGAAAUCGUUGUGCCGUAGGCUUCCAGGGACCUUAUUGCAAUCAAACAUGUUUAAUCGGCUAUUACGGACCAAAUUGCGAAUAUGAAUGCAAAAGUGUUUGUCGCUAUGGUUGUGAUUCUUCAACCGGAUUGUGUAAAGUCGAUGAAAAAAGAAGUAAAUUAAAUGAUAGCCAAUCAACUUGCAGACAAGGUUUUUGGGGUAAAACAUGCGAGACUCGAUGUCAUCCCUACUGCAAGAAAUGCAACUCUAAAACCGGUAAAUGUCAAGCCUGCACUCAUCAACGUUGGGGGAAAAACUGUAAUAAAAUUUGUAAACUAACUUGUAUUUGUAAUCAAAAAACUGGUACUUGCGAAAAAUGCAAAAGAGGUUACUUUGGACUUGCAUGUGAAUACAAAUGCGCCGCCAAUUGUAAAUUUAAAACGUGCUCGAAGCACAGUGGAUAUUGUAUAACGAUCCCAGCUACUACAACCGCAGAGAGUGUCUAUUAUCCGAAAGAGAACGCGGCUAUAUUAGACUGUAAAGGAAAAUGGGGUAUAGAUUGUAGCAGAAAAUGUGGACAUUGUGACGGCAAUAAACCGUGCGACAAUGAUAGUGGAAAGUGUCUAAAUGGUUGCAAAACAGGUUUUAAAGGGCAAUUGUGCAACGAACGCUGCUCCGAUGGUUAUUUUGGUAAAGAUUGUCAACAAAAUUGCGGUCGUUGCCUUCCAAAUACCUGUAGUAUUUUCGAUGGAAAAUGUCUUGGAAAAUGCUGGACUGGAUUUGCAGGCGACUAUUGUAAUGUUUCGCAAGAAAUUUGUGGUCACUGUCUAGGUGAAGGAUCGUGUUCAACGAAACAAUGUUCAAAUAAUUGUCAGCCAGGCUGGAAAGGUAGAUUUUGCAGGACGCCAUGUUCUAUAGGAUCUUAUGGAAUAAAUUGCGAAUUAGCGUGUGGCUACUGUUCAAAUAUAUCAAGUUGUAAUCGUUUCACAGGCAAAUGUGAGACAGGCUGUUCUCAAGGAUACUAUGGAGAAUUUUGUUUCGAUAAAUGUCCAAUUGGAAAAUAUGGAAAAGAUUGUCAAAAUAUUUGUGGAAAGUGUGCCUAUUCCGCUUGCGAUCAUAGAACAGGAAAUUGUCCUGCAGGUUGUAAAAGAGGUUACAGAAAACCUUAUUGUAAAGAAUCGUUACUUUUUUUAAAAUCAAAGCUAUUGGGCGCUAAAGACAAAGAGGAAUAUUUUGUUAUAGCAAAUAAGACUGCUUUUCUACUUGUUGGAACUUUGAUCUUAUUCAUGAUUAUUUUACUUUUUAUAUUAUGUUCCAUUAAAACUAAAAACUGUACCAAAAUUAAAAAUCAAUAUAAACCUAUUCCUAUUACAAAAGAAGAGGAAAAAUCUAUAGCAGAGUAUGAAAGAGAAGGUAGUUGGAAUGAUAGUGGAGAAGACGAUCCAAGUACAUGUGAAGGAGAUAAAGAGUCGACGCAAAGAACAAAACCUUCAAGUACUGUUUUGAGAAAACUGGAUCUAUUUCAAGAGAAAACAUGUAGAUCGACACGUCUGCAAACGCCUCAUCUUACAGAAUAUACCAUGAAUAUUGUAAGGGAAAGGUCUCCAAUCUUGCAGUACGGUCACGCGUCUGGUUAUGAUCCUCAAGCAAAUUAUUACGACGAUACAUGA